AUGAAGAAGAACAACAGGAAGUCCCCCGCAAGGACCUAUAAGCAAACUUCGCCCUGCGCCCCACACGCCCCAAGCCCAGGAGAUCUUCAAAAUAUGCUGGAUGGAGGAGAGUAUGCCCCUUUCAUAUCUCCUCCCAUGUUAGAGAGCAAUUUUAUCCAGGUCAACAGGAGGGGUGAAUCCAUCUACCUUCAUAACCGAGCCAACUGGGUGGCCGUGGGUAUCUGCUCUUCCAGUUCCAUUCAUAAGACCCCAAAUGUGAUGCUACUGGCAUAUCUGACACCCACCGCCCAAAAAGAUACGGAACCCCUGUUUAGAAGUCUCUUGACAUCUCCUUCUACAGAGAAGCUGGUGCUCACCAGGUUUCUGCCUCUGCAGCUUGUGACUCUUUCUGUGCAUGACGCCAAGAAUAUGCGCCUCAAGGUAAAGCUGGUGAGCGGUCGAGCCUACUACUUGCAACUCUGCGCCCCCGCAAACAAGCAGGAUACCUUGUUUUCUCAAUGGGUGGACCUCAUCUCCCUCUUGAAUCAGGAGAAAGCCAAAGUUUCCAAAGUGUCAGAGGUCUCAAGCCUCUCAGAAAUCACAAAUAGCACCGAGAUCACAGGCUCUGUGGACAUCAUGGAUAUUGCAGCGUUCACAGCUGUGCAGACCCCAUAUGUGCAUGCCCAUUCAGACUCCCUCUAUGUUAUGGACAGCAUAGGUUUCUCAGAAUUCACAGACAUCACCGACAUCACAGAUGUCACGGAUGUUCCGGAAAGUGAGGUACCAGAGGUCCCAGAUGUAAGAAUUGUCACAGAAGUCAUAGAAGUCACAGACAACUCUGAUGUCACAAACUACUCAGGGGUCACAGUGGUGUUUGAAAAUGAUGACUUAAUAAGGGCCAAGCAAGAGGAAAAGGAAAAAAUGGAAAACAUUCUGAAGACCGGGUGUCUACGAAAUACAAAAAGUAAAAGAUAUUUUGAAACUACCUUGACUCCAGUAGAAAGUGAAGCAAACAUGUUAAAAAAGAUGGGUGGCAAAACUUCUGAAGAAAAGACAACUGAUUCCCAAACCACGGCUCUCAAGACUGUUGGGUCCAGCUGCAUCCCCUUUUCUCAGGGGAAUGAAUGUGAGGAAAGAAAAGUAAAACAGAAAAAGACAAAGUUGAUGGAAAAACAUGUAAGACAAUCGAAAGGCAGAGCUCUGGAUCACUGUCAAAGCAGCGGCCACCCGAGGGCUCUCCCUACGGGCGCCGAGGCAUCCAUGCUGGCACUUCUGCGUAGAACUCCCUCCAGCUGCUCCGAGUUCGGCCAGCCGCGGAUCUCGCCCUCGCGGCGCCGCCCCGCGUCCCGCCCGUUCAGAGGGCGGCAUUCCCUGUCCCCGGAGCGCCAGCCUGGCCUGCGUAGCUCUGAAUCCAUUCGAGAAAGUUGCGUUAGACUGUGUGACGAACUUGAAGGACAUGAGGGGUCCCUUCAAGAGCGCUCGGAUUUCCUUCAGGAGCUGACGGUCAACCAGAGACGGAAGAACCUCGAGGCAGCCUCACACCCCCACACACUCCAGCCGCUCGCCUGGCGCGAGCCCGGCACAAUUCGCGUUUUAUACUUUGAAGCGUGCGAGUGCGCGGGUCGCGCCCGGCCGGCCCGGGACGCUUUCCUUCGGGAGACCCAGUGCGGUCGGCGUCCUGCGCCGGACUCGGCUCCUGGCGUUCUGCUGCUCGUCGCGUCCUUUACCCGGAUAAACAGUUCCUGCUUCCUUGUGCCCACUUUUAAAGAAAAGCCAAAUAUCGCGCUUGGUUUCUGGUCAUGUACUCUGAGAUUGCAGGUUGAACUUUGA